AUGUCGGAGCAGACAGCGUUUUGCGGGAGUCGAUCGGGUGACGGUGGCCCAUCUGUAGUAGACACUCAGGCAGUGCAAGUCACUGACCAAGUGUUCGAUGCUAGUCAAGGGUCCGGUACCGUGUUCGAUGACGACUUUGAAUUGUUACUGUCUAUGCCCGAGCGGGAGAAUUGGAGCAAUACCGGAGCAAACAGCGUUUUGCGGGAGUCUUCGGGUGACGGUGGCCCAUCUGUAGUAGACACUCAGGCAGUGCAAGUCACUGACCAAGCGUUCGAUGCUAGUCAAGGGUUCGGUACCGUGUUCGAUGACGACUUUGAAAUGUUACUGUCAAUGUCAUUGUUGGCAGUGCCUCCCUUGGAACACCACGUCGAUGCCAAAGAAAACAGCAUGCCGCCAAACUCACUGAGUGACGUCACCCAAGCGACAGAUGAGCUGAGCAGUGACUAUCCAGAUCGCAAGGAUGUAUCUUUUGGAGAGAAUUCCAAAUUCGGUUGGGGGCCUUGA